AACGAUCCUAAAGUUAAAGCACUGAUCGCCAGUAAAGAUCAGCAAUUCGAUUUAAUCGUUUUGGAGCAAUUCUUCCAUGAGAGUUUUUUGAUGUUUGCGCACAAAUUUAAAUGUCCCGUUGUGACGCUGGGCACUAUGGGUUAUGCGGACAAUAUGGAUCAUACGAUGGGCUUACUUACACCUUGGGCUUUUAUACCGCAUCUACUGCUCUCGCAUACAGAUCAAAUGACCUUCACGCAACGUGCCUACAAUACUUAUCUAUCAUUAUACGAUGCUGUGAUGCGUCGCUGGUAUUAUAUGCCUAAAAUGCAGGAAAUGGCUGAGCGGCAUUUUACCGGACUGGUAGAGGGUCCCUUGCCGCAUGUACGGCAAUUGGAGAAAAAUAUUUCGUUAAUGUUGAUCAAUAGUCACCGUAGUCUGGAUGUGCCGCGUCCCAGUAUGCCCGGGCUUGUAAAUGUCGGCGGUGUGCAUAUAAAAACACCCAAGCCACUGCCACAGGAUCUACAGAAUUACCUGGACAACGCUACCCACGGUGUAGUUUACUUCAGUCUCGGUUCUUAUAUGAAGAGUAUAGAUAUGCCUAAGGAAAAGAUCAGCCUGAUACUUAACGCCUUCGGUCAGCUGAAACAGAAUGUUUUGUGGAAAUUCGAAAACUCCUCUAUUGGUCAUCUGCCGCCGAAUGUGAAAAUCCAGAGCUGGUUGCCACAAAAUGAUAUACUCGCUCACCCGAAUAUCAAGGUCUUCAUCACACAUGGUGGCAUCUUUGGCACGCAAGAGGGCAUUCACUGGGGUGUGCCGAUGUUAAGCAUACCUCUCUAUGGCGAUCAACAUCGGAACACGAUCAAAUCGGUGCGUGGUGGAUAUGCGCGCACAUUAAACUUCGGUCAAAUGACGAGCGAGGAUCUGGUACAGAAUAUACGAUUGCUAAUCAGUGAUGCCAGUUACAAACAAAAGGCAUUGGAAGCAUCACGCAAAUUUAGAGAUAAUCCAAUGCAUCCUUUGGAUGAAGCUUCAUUCUGGAUCGAAUAUAUUGCGAGGCACAAAGGUGCUACACAUUUGAAAUCUUAUGGCGCCUAUAUGCCACUGUAUCAGUACUUGUUGUUGGAUGUGUUUGGUUGUGCGCUUUUGAUUGCAUUUAUAGUGAUUUGGUUACCGUUAAAAAUUCUCAAAUUUUUGGGUAGCCUGUUGCGGCGAAAAGAGCCUGAGGCGUUACGCAAAAAGCAUCAGUAGAGCUGUGAUGAAAUUUUUUCUAUGAAAAAUUAAUUUAAUUUUAGAAAAUUUAGUGUUACAUGUAAAAUUAUGAACUAAUUAUAAGUUGGCGAAAUUUUGUUAAAUAAUAAAACAAUGUUAUCGAUAUUAACAUGCUUACGUAAAAUA